GCACUCUCAUUUAUGGCUCCCCCUUUCUCUCUCCCUCUUCACUCUUUACACCUCCCCUGUUCUAUAUUCUCCAGUUCUCACCAUCUUUUCUCAAUUGAAAAUCUAAAAGCUUUGCAUAAAUUCUAGUAUCAUCUCUCUUUUAAUAUCCCUUUUCGUUCUAUAACUUCGUAUAGAAUCAAGUGCGAGAAAAACCCAUCAAGCAUGAGAGAAACGAUACCUCAGAAGCUCAAUCUCAAGCUCAUUUUCUUAUUUCUGCUGCUUUUCUGUUUCAACAGCUCUGAUUGCAACUCGAUGAAUAAUAUGAAAUCAUCUCUACAAUUUAUUAAAAAAGUGGAUAAUUUAUUGCCUGAAAUUUCUCCAUCUGGAAAUCCUGAACCCCUUUAUCCUCUUCUUGCUCCAUCUCCAUUAUCACCCUUCACAAUCACAAAUAACACUGCUCCAAAGUUAUCAGGGUUAUGUACACUAGAUUUUGAUUCCAUAAACACCAUGAUGAGUAUGACUGCAAUCGAUUGUUUCACAGUAUUCGCCCCAUACUUAGCCAAUGUAGUAUGUUGCCCUCAAUUCAAAGCCACUUUAGUCAUUCUCAUUGGUCAAUCAAGUAAAAAAACCAAAACUCUUUCCCUAAAUUCAACUCUAUCAAAACAUUGUCUUUCCGAUUUUGACCAAAUUCUCAUGGGUCAAGGGGCAAAUAACAGUUUACAAAAGAUAUGUUCGGUUGGUCCAUCUAAUUUAACAGAAGGUUCUUGCCCGGUCAAAGAUGUUGACCAAUUUGAAAAAAUGGUCAACACUUCCAAGAUUCUUUCUAAAUGUGGAAAGAUUGAUCUUGUUAAUGAAUGUUGUCAAGAGGUGUGUCAGAAUGCUAUAUUGGAAGGUGCUAAAGAUCUUGCUUCUGUGUCUUUUGAACUUGAUGCAAUGGGGCUUAAGAGGCCCUCAGAUAUAUCAAAUCGGGUGGUGAAUGAUUGUAAAAAUAUUGUUUUGAGAUGGUUAGCAAGUAAACUUGAACCAACACGAGCUAAAGAAGUGCUAAGAGGAUUGGCUAAUUGCAAUCUUAAUAAAGUUUGCCCGUUGGUUUUACCAAAUGUCCGACCGGUUGCACACGGGUGUCACAACGAGCUUAGCAACGAAACAUCAUGUUGCAGUGCUAUGGAAAAUUAUGUAUCUCACUUACAAAAGCAAAGCUUUCUAACAAAUUUGCAAGCUUUAAAUUGUGCAUCUUCACUUGGAAAGAAAUUGCAGAAAGAAAAUGUAACAAAUAAUGUUUAUAAUCUUUGUCAUAUAAGCCUCCAAGAUUUCUCCCUCCAAGCAAAUGGAAUGCAAGAAUCUGGAUGUCUUCUUCCAAGUUUGCCCUCAGAUGCAACAUUUGACACAUCUUCAGGAGUUAGUUUCCUUUGUGAUCUGAAUGAUCAUAUUCCAGCACCUUGGCCUUCCAUUUCACAUAUACCAGCUUCAUCAUGCAACAGAACUAUUAAGAUUCCUGCACUUCCUGCAGCAGCUUCUGGGCAGAAAGGUCUAUACAACAAGGAUGCUAUGUUUCUUCUUCUUUAUGCAAUUGCAAUGCUUCUUCUUAUUACAAUUCUUUAAAUUUCUAAUGAAUCAAAGCACUUUGCUUACUCGAAUUAAAAAAAAAAAAGGAGUUUCUUGAAAUUUAACCGGUCUGAUGAACAAGGGAAAAUCAAAAUUGCAAAAAAAGAAAAGAAAAAAAAGCAUGGAGAUUUUUGGCGGGAAAUCCGGUUUGAAGUUGAAAGUGUAAAAAAAGAUUUGCAUGGAAGUUGAGUUAGUAGUUAUUAGUGGUGAUGGUGAAUUUGUUAUGGAAAUUGUGUAUGUAAUAAGAAUUUUGUAAAGAAAGAGGGAGUUGAGUUCAUGUAUAUAUUUUUGCAAGUUAUACCCUUGUACUUUCUAUUGUAUUGGAGUUUACCCCCCUAUGUUAACAAUGUUAGGCCCUUAAGUGGAUUGGAGUUUUUUUAA